AUGGCUGGAGUGAAGUAUGUCGUGUUUUUGGCGGUCGUCAACUUUCUGUGGAGUCCUGGCAGAGGAGAUGAUGUGGUGUCCUGUACUUACAUGGAAAGCUGCAUCUUACCGUGCAGCUUCCAGGGCGGUGAUGAUGCAAUGAUCCUCUGGACGAACGCGACAGCACAAGACACUGGAGAAACCAUCCACUCCUACUACAGCAACACAGACCAGCUUGCACUCCAGGACCAGCGCUUCAAAGGCAGGACGUCUCUGUUCAGGGAUCAGAUCUCCAGAGGAAACGCCUCGCUCCACCUGACAGGGGUGAAGGUUCAGGAUCAGGGCAGAUACAAGUGCUCCACCAGCAGUGAUAGUGGAAUCAAGGAGUCAUUUAUAAACCUCAUCACAGUGGACGAUCCCGGUUUGAAUAGAAGAGACUCUGGCAGCACCCCUAAUUCUCACAGUGCGGCCACAUCUAGUCAAAUAGUUUCUCCAGACAACAAGAACUUUACAAGAGCUGAAAGUUUACCUGACAUUUUGUUAAAGGACAGCUUUGAGGAGUUUACACCUGAUAUCACUGUUGAUGAAAAUGAGGAAACCUACAGGUUCCACUGCUCCGGUCCAGGCCUGUACCAGUGCACUUUGACAGGUCUGGUGUUUCACAUGGAGGGAGAAGGGGACGUGGUUUACAGGAUUGUCUCCUGGAACCACAGGAUACUGGCCAAUCAUCACAAGAAGCCUGCAGGACCCCUGUUUGACAUUAAAUGUCUCCAGCAGUCUGUGUGUCAGCUUCAUCUCCCACACUGUGAGAUCCGCUCCACAGGUGGAUGUGAAUUCUUGACAGUUGCUCAUGUGAUUGAUGAGGGCAUUGAGUUUAUUACUCCUCAUAAGAUAACAGAAACUCAUGUCAUUAUAAACAUCAUAGAGUUUUCUGGUUUUGGUAUGGUCAAGGAUGAAGACUCUCCUCCUGACCCGGUCCGAGCGCUGGUGCUGCUGUUCUACAGACCCCCAACUGAUCCUGAUGCUGAAUCUGUCCUCAAUGUGUUGUUGCUACCAAAGAACGUUGUGCUGCGUGAUGUGCUGCGUAUGAGGAAGGAAUAUACUAGAGAUGAGCGGUACAUCGAGAUAUCUCCACACUGUGAUCUGAUCCCAAAGCAGGAGUACACACUGUCCACUAGUCCUGAAGAUGACUCAGUUCUAGUUCAACCAAAGAAAGCAAAAUUUUAUGAGGAGCUUGACAGAAACUACUUUCCAUCGUUCCAGGUCAUUUUCAAACAAAUCAUGAAAAAUAUUAAGCUGUUUUUAAUAGACACCAACAGCUCUAGCAAUGUCUGGGAAAGCGAAGUUUUUCUUACGCCCACUGAAGUAAGGAAUUCCCAAAGACAGAGUUCUCAGAGUCUCCCUUCCACUCAGAGGCUGAAGUACAUACGGACUGGCUUCAUUGAUGGGAUAUCAGGACCUGUUCUCCAAAGUCUGCUGGAUAAGCUGUUUGAGAAAAAGGUGAUAACUGAACCUGAGAGGGAGUCAGCGAACGACAUGCAAAACAAAAGAGACAAGGCUCGUUUUGUCAUCGACACGGUGAGGAAGAAAGGUGAAGCUGCAAGUUCAGAGAUGAUUGAGCUUCUCUGUGAGAUCGACCCCUUCCUCUGUAAACAUCUUGGGUUGAUAUAA